ACUCUCUCCCGUAGCUUUGUUCUUUUUCUCUCGCCAUCCCAACCCGAAAGCUUAACCCUCGAAGCUUUCCUAGCUCUCAAAUCUCAUUCAUAUCUCUCAACAUCAGGAAGAAGAGCAACAACAGUGCAUUAACAGGAAUUUACUGCUGGUCCUGAAAGCUAUGGGCAGACGUAGUAUGGAGAUGAAAUUGAUAGAGAAUGAGAAGGCUCGAAAGAAGGUUUUUGAAAAAAGAAGGAAUAGUUUGUUAAAGAAGGCCAAAGAGUUAUCAAUUCUUUGUGAUAUUAAGAUAUUGCUCAUUAUCUAUGAACUAGAUAAACAGAAAACUGAGAUUUGGCCUGGUAAUGAUGAGGAAGCUGAACAAAUCAUCAACAGGUUCAAGCAGCAGCUUGUUAGAGAUGAAUGCAAAACAGCUUGUGAUUCUUUUUCAAGUAAGAAGGAAAGAUUUGAUGGGAAAUUUGCUAUAUCUGAUCAUAAGUGUAUGAUCAAUCUCUUCUCUAAGAAUGAGCUUCAAAAGUUGUGUUAUGAAUUGGAUGGUAAGAUUGCUGCUGUGAUGAAUGCAAUAAAAUCAAAACAGGUCCUGACUGAAGGACCUAGAUCACCAAAGAUCUUGCCAGACAGUCAAGGAAUAGGAUUCUUAGACAGGGAGAGGGGAAAAGAAGUUGUUAUCUACCAAGAUCCUGUUCAUGAUAUCCAACAAAGUCAGAGUUUUCAGAUGCUUUCCCAUAACCCAAAAUUCAUGGAAAGUCCAAUGAUGAUGACGACGAUGAUGCAGAAUGGUAUCAGCUAUCCUGAAUUUUAUGGUAAUUCCAGUAGUAGUAGUAAUAUUCCUUAUGUUCCGUUGCCAAUUGAUUAUGUCCAUCCAUCUUGGAUGCCACCAGCUUACAUUGAUUCUACUUUCUCGAUGAGCUAUUAUGAUCCAACCAGCUACCAUAUUCCACCAUGCCUUCAUUACCCAAUGGUGCCAAGUUUUCCCUCUGAGUGGAAUGCUUCAGACUAACAAUUUUUUUUUUUUUUUUGUAUUAGCCAUCAAAGUGUCCAGAACCUUGUUUUAGUGGUUAAAGACAAAUAAAUAUAUUUUUUAUGUUUGAUUGAUUUCUAGAAAUACAGUAUAGAAUUGAUAUUUUUGGGUAGCCGACAUUUUAUUUUCAUUAACAACUUUUAUAUUGUUGUUCUAGUCUCUUGUACAUGCUCUUUUUCCUCUUAGUCAA